CACGCAUCCAGCCCUGGGCCGCAGUGCGUCGCGAGUUGCCAGUCCCGCCGCCGCCCACAAUGCUCGCACCAAGGACAGGGAGGCAGGUCCUGCAAAGGGCGGUGUCCUCCGCUCCCUCGUCGACCGUCACAUUACCGGGCUUCCUCGUCCCGGCCUUCCAGACGACGCCCGCCAACAGGCGAAGCUUCUCGGCAACGACCGUCCGCCCGUCAAAGCUCGGCAGGACACCGCUCUCGGUCCCGCCCGGCGUGGAACUCGCGAUUGGGGACCUGUUCGUCAAGAAGGACGUGACAUCGUACCGCAAGACCUACAAGAGGAAGGUGACGGUCACUGGGCCUUUGGGGCAACUCGAGCUCGAAAUUCCCGAUUACAUCCAGAUCGAUCAUGACACAGCGGCGAGAAAGGUGACGCUGAGCGUGAAGGACCGGGAGCAGAGGAAUCAAAGAGAGAUGUGGGGGACCACAUGGUCGUAUCUCAACAACUACAUUAUGGGUGUAUCAGAGGGGCACACGGCCGUGCUACGCCUCGUCGGUAUCGGCUACAGAGCAACGGUCGAGCCGCGCCCGGAGAAGGAGGAGUACCCGGGGCAGCAGUUCGUCUGCCUGAAGCUGGGCUUCUCGCACCCCGUCGAGAUGGGCCUGCCGAAGGGCAUGAAGGCCAGCGCGCCGCAGCCGACAAGAUUGCUGCUCGAGGGCAUCAACAAGGAGCAGAUCAUGCAGUUCGCCGCCAACAUCCGCAAGUGGAGAGUCCCCGAGCCGUACAAGGGCAAGGGCAUCUUCAUCAACGACGAGACGAUCAAGCUGAAGCAGAAGAAGAUCAAAUAGAGGGCGCUGCCGAUGCGAUCCUUGUAUGUCUAGGACUAGUUUUUUUUUCCCCCUUUUGCCGCCGGGAU